AAUAUUUAUUAUUUGCGGCGAAAGAGUAAGUUUAAAUUUAUGCGAGGAGAUUUGAAAUAAUAUUUAAACAAAUAAAAAUAAAGUGUCUAAGGAUACGGAAAUCUACUGUAAAUAUAAACUUAGCAACAGCGUAUUUGUGAGUGCUGUAGCCUAAAAGUAGGCUGUAAAAUUUGCAAGAAACCUGCGGAAAAUCGAAAUUACCUGAAAAUCGAAUGAUUGCCUAAUAAUUGAUUUACAUAUAAAACGAUAUACGUUUUGAUAUAAACGUUAAAAACGUAACUAUAACUUCAGUAAAAGCGUAAAUAAAUAAAAUCGAUGAAAAAGUACGUUUAUACAAUACUAUUUCAUUUGAAUGUAAUUCAUAUUAAUAGAAAUAUUUCAAUCAUAUUAAAACGAAAAGGACAACACACGUCGUAAGCGAAAUAUUCAAAUUGUUAAAUAAACUACGAAAAUCAGUGGCUCUGUUACCAACGAGAAAAGCCUACCAGAUUAACCUAACCUAACCUACUAAAAAGAAAAUACAACUUAUCUCAACAAUUUAACCGUAAUUUUUUAAAUAUAUUAGAAAACUAUCAAUUCAAGAAUGUCCGCGACGAAUUCCUUUAAUCAUCCGUAUGGUGUACCGGCAGCUGCCGCCGCCACUGCUGCCUCAACGAACGCAACAAUACCACCCAUUGACGGUGCCAAGCAGAAAGGAGCUGCUACUAAUAUCCGACGUCUAGACUCUGCUGCUCCUAAUAAACGCAAUAUGCCUGCAAAUCAAUAUAAUUCACAAAAUUCGCAGCAACCACAACGUGAAGGAAACGAAACUUCACCGAAGCGCACAUUGCAGAUUGCACAACGUCAACAACAAUAUAGUGACGUUGUACAGAAUGAGGAUAACUUGGAGUAUUUUAUUAAGUUUCCCACACCAAAUUAUCGCAGCGAUGCAAUGGAUACCGGCGAGUCGGACUUUGUAUUUGUGUACAAUGAUACAAAUGUUCCUAUAGUCAUGUUGCUCGGUUGGGCUGGCUGUCAGGAUCGUUACCUAAUGAAAUAUUCGAAGAUAUAUGAGGACCGUGGUUUAAUUACCGUUCGUUAUACCGCACCAGUGGAUACGCUCUUUUGGAAACGCACCGCAAUGAUUCCUAUUGGUGAAAAAAUACUGAAACUAAUGUAUGAUAUGAACUUUGAUUCACAUCCAGUGAUUGUGCAUAUUUUUUCGAAUGGUGGCGCUUACCUAUAUCAACACAUAUCGUUAGCAAUGCGUAAACAUAAGACUCCCAUACAAAUACGGGGCAUGAUUUUCGAUUCUGCACCUGGUGAACGUCGUAUUUUGGGUUUAUAUCGUGCUGUUACAGCAAUUUAUGGAAAAGAGCGGAAGAAGUGCCACUCUGUAACAGCGCUAAUUAUUACUUUGACUUUAAGCAUUAUGUGGUUUGUUGAGGAAACGUUUGCUGCUUUUAAAAGCUUAUUUUUCAAAUCUGAACCGGUACAAACAAAUCCUUUCAGCGAUUUGAAAAAUGAGGCCACUCAAUUUCCACAAUUGUUCGUGUAUUCCAAGGGUGAUGUGGUUAUUCCUUAUCAGGAUAUUGAAAAAUUCAUUAAAGUCCGACAAGAGCGUGGUGUGGAUGUAUCGGCAGCAUGUUUUGAAGACGCUGAGCAUGUAAAGAUUUAUACAAAAUAUCCGUCACAAUACAUCCAUUGUGUAUGUUCAUUUAUUAAUAAUUGUUUAUCGCGGCCUUAUAAGGGCGGUAAUGGUUUGGAAACUGUCACUGACAGUGGCUCACCAACCGGUUCAAUUCGUUCUAUUAUGGGUGCUAAUUCCUCUAAAUAUGAUUAAAGUAAAACAUAUUUGCGACGUUGUUUAUAACGUGCAUAUAUAUUAUUUAAUUUCGACGUCUUACGUUAUCACGUUUACGAGUGUGAAGAAAUGUUCGAGAGUAGCAUCUGAUAAGAUGAUGUGUGUAUGAGCCGCUUACAACUUUUGCAAUAUUUUAACAUUGUAAGUGCACAAUAUGAAAUAAAUAAUCUGCGUUACUACUUAUAAUUUUACUAUAAGAUUAUUUAAUAACAAUAUUUAUCAUAAAUUGCUUAAUUACUUUUUGACCAUAAAAGUAUUAUAGUUUUCUGUUGUAAACUUUCAAAAUGUGAUACUAUAGGCGGAAACAAAAAACAAAUUGUAGAUUUGACACUUGUAAUAGUGGAUUUCAAAUCGUUUUAUUCAAACACAAUAUAUGUAUAAUUAAAUAUUUUCCUACUUAAUAUAAAUACUUACUUGCUUACUAACAGAAGUUAUGUAUAUGGCUUUAAGUAGUGAAUGAAUUUAAAUAAAUACAGAUUCCACAGGAAACAAU